CACUGAGGGUAUUUACAGAGUUGCUGAUGACAAAAGAUCAAAUCUGAGAGGAGAGAACACAUGUUCCCUGCAGAAGCCAACUUGAAGAAAGCGACAUUUAGCAAUGGAACAGGCAGCAGAUGCUUUGGAGAAACAAGCCGUUGUCAUCCUCUUUGAGAAGAGCAAGCUAACACCUACUCACAGCGUAUACCAUCUAAGAACUUGAAAUAGGAGAGUCAUGGUUCACUGUUUCUUGGACCUUUUUCUCGAAGGGAGGAAAUGAUUUUUGUGGAACAAGGGUCACAUCAGUCACUGACACAGAGUCUUCAUAGUUCAGAUGCUUGUACAGUAAAACAGAUUUAACCACUUUCUGAGGGUUUUUGGGGGGGUCUGUCGUGUUACAAGGAAAAUAAAAAUGACGACUUCGUCUAUUCGGCGGCAAAUGAAAAACAUUGUGAACAAUUAUUCAGAGGCAGAAAUAAAAGUUCGGGAAGCAACCUCCAAUGACCCCUGGGGUCCCUCCAGUUCCUUAAUGACUGAGAUAGCAGAUCUGACUUACAAUGUCGUGGCCUUUUCUGAAAUUAUGAGCAUGAUCUGGAAACGGCUGAAUGACCACGGCAAAAACUGGCGGCACGUGUACAAGGCCCUCACUCUGUUAGAUUACCUGAUUAAAACGGGCUCCGAGAGGGUGGCGCAGCAAUGUAAAGAGAACAUUUUUGCUAUUCAGACCCUGAAAGACUUCCAGUAUAUUGACCGAGACGGCAAGGACCAGGGCAUCAAUGUAAGGGAGAAGUCCAAGCAGCUGGUGUCUCUUCUGAAGGAUGAUGAACGCCUCAAGACAGAGAGGGCCCAAGCCCUGAAGACCAAAGAGCGUAUGGCUCAGGUGGCCACUGGCGUUGGUAGCAACCAGAUCACAUUUGGCCGAGGGUCUAGUCAGCCUAACCUAUCUACUAGCUACUCGGAGCAAGAGUACGGCAAAUCUGGCGGCUCGCCCGCAUCUUACCAUGGCUCUACGUCCCCUCGAGUGUCGUCAGAACUAGAGCAGGCGCGGCCUCAGACGAGCGGAGAGGAAGAGCUCCAACUGCAGCUGGCGUUAGCAAUGAGCAGAGAAGUUGCAGAGCAGGAGGAACGCCUCAGACGUGGAGAUGAUCUGAGAUUACAGAUGGCUCUGGAGGAGAGUCGCAGAGACACAGUUAAAAUUCCCAAAAAGAAGGAGCAUACGACUUUGUUGGAUCUCAUGGAUGCUCUGCCCUCGUCAGCACCGGCCCCCCAAAAAACAGAGCCCUGGGGACCCACCGCUGUGGCAAACCAAACUGACCCCUGGGGAGGAACUGCAGUGACAGCUACCACCUCUGAUCCAUGGCAAUCAUUUGGUGCCAAGCCAGCGGCUUCUGCUGACCCCUGGGGAGCACCAGCUGGAUCCACCGCUCAGCCUCUCCCCAAAAAUGUAGAUCCUUGGGCUCCUUCUCAGUCAUCGUCUGUGGCAGCAAAAGCUACAGCAGAUCCUUGGGGACCAGCACCUGCAAACAAACCUGUUUCUACUUCUGGAAGUUCGUCUUUUGACCUCUUCAGCAAUUUGAACGGUACAGCUAAAGAUGACUUUUCUGAAUUUGACACCCUUCGGACUUCCAAGAAGCCAGCUGAGUCUGGUUCCAAUUUGCCAUCCCAACACAGUGGUACAACAAGUCCUGAUCUCUUUGAUUCUCAACCCACAAACGUGACAUUGAGCAAACAAAAUGCAGCUCGGAAAACCCCCGAGUCCUUCUUGGGCCCCAAUGCAGCUUUGGUGAAUCUUGAUUCAUUGGUGUCUAAGCCACCACAGCCUGUUGCUUCAUUAAAUCCAUUCUUAGCUCCAGGAGCAGCUGCUGCGCCACCUCCAAUCAACCCCUUCCAAGUGAAUCAGCCUCAGCCCCUCACUCUAAAUCAAAUGAGAGCGAGCCCCGUGAUGGGAACCAGCCCUUCUUUUAGUGCCGUGCCAGCAAUAAGCAUGGAGCCAAUACCUCUGUCUUCCAUGGCACCCGUGGCUGUGGGAAUAGCACCUCUCCCGGCGAUGGGCACCGUGGCAUCACUAACGAGAAUGGGCCAGGGGAUGAACAUGAGCAUUGCAGGAUCAAUGACCCAACCUCUUCACAGUACAGGAAUCCCUCCAUCGGCGUCCCAGCCCACAAAUACAACUAACCCUUUCCUCCUAUAAAGACCCAAUCAAAGCAACUCUCUUUUCAAAAUGUUUCCAGGUGAAGUCUUUGAAGCAAAAUGAACAAAGCCUGCGUGGACUGAACGGUGUAUAAGAGACUUGGAAGUAGAUUUGCAGUUUACAGUUGUGAUCUUUGAAGAGUUGUCUCUACUUACCAGUUAAUCUAAUGCUAGUCUUUGCUACAGAUGGUACUUUACUUUGGCUUGUUGAGCAUUACAUGAAAUGUUCAGACUUUUCACCAAAGUUAGGUUACGCCCAUUUUGUUGCUUUGUUAAUCAUUUCAAUACACUUUCUAGGGAGAACCUGCCAUUUUAAACUCCGUUUGCUAUUUUGUAGAUGUCAGAUGAUGUGCCGGAUCCUAAAAAUACUAUGACACGCACCUGCCAUUUCCUCUGCCCGUACGAUAGACACGAGACUUGAGUGCUAGCGAAUGUCUUUGCACAUAACGAUACACAGUUCUAGACUGUUGGUUCACCCAUAGUCCUUAUUCCUAGGAGAGAUUUGGAGGGCCCAGGAGGCUGGUUUUUCCCCCGCAUUAAACAUUGCAACACAAAACCGCACUGCUUUCUUCGCAAAGGGUUGACCGAGAAAGCCGGCUUGUCUCCGAAGGAAAAGAUCCGAAGCAAAUUCUCGAGUUGUCACGUACACAGUGUGCUGUUGUAUGCGGUGUUGAAUUUGUACACUACUAUCUAAGGACUCUUAAGGAACUUUCUGUGAGUGGCAUGCUGCACUCGUGCUGAAUGAGUGGUCUGCUCUGUGCUUGUCCAGUAGUGACUUCAUUUGGAAGUUGUUGUGUGUAUUUUGUUUUUAUUUGACUUACAAUGUGAGUUUAAAAGAAAUACAGUGGGACAACUUUGAAUUCAGUUUCACCGGGGCAAGCUUUAAAACUAAUUCAGGCUUAACCUUGCUAUAUGCAGUUACUCUGGUAUACUUUUGCACAUAUUUUUGUUUUUUAGUACAGUUUCAUAUUUUGAGUUUGCAGAAUGACCUAAUUAGUCUUUUUUUGGCUAAUUUUUAUAAUGUGGUUCUUAUUUAACUGUCUAGUUUUGAUAGACUUAUCAGGUCUGGCUGAAAAUUUAAGAUAUUGGCAGAUGUCACUGUUAUGGUUUUAAUGCCCUCUUAUUUAUGGUUUUAGCUUUUUUUUUUUUUGUUCUGUAAAAAGAAUUUAAAAGGGAAGAUUAACUAAAAUAUUUUUCUUUCGGAAUUAAGAAUUCAUAGCGGAAAUUACAAAUGACGUCUCGUGACUAAUUACUUUUUAAAAGAAUUUGAGCAUCGUGAUUUUAAGACUGCGAUUAAAAAAACACUAACAUUGCUUUUUCCCUUGGUUCACUCCUUACGUGAUGAUUCCCGCAACGGGCAGACCGUUAGCCUUCAGGAAGAUCGCGAACGAGGCUGUUGGUUUUCCCGGUAACGCUUCGUGAAAUGUUUGAAAUUCUAACUUAGGAACAUGACUUAUUAAUUUCAUCACCUAAUUUGCUCUAAUUAAAGGUGCACUCGGUAAUCAUUACUGAUUCCAUUUACAGCUGUUCAUUGUAAGCCGAACUAUACACUCUAACUCGGGCUCAUCAGCACUGAACCACGCUCAGGUUUCGGGUAACGUUACUGGCGUAUGCAGCUGGCCUUCUCUAAGGUGGGAGCCUGGCCGAAGCCCUGCUUUCACGUGCGGUGCCUGCAAAUGCAAAGGGCCUGUUUCGGGGGGUGUCCCAAAGCUUGUCGCUGCUUUGGAGCAUCUCCACAAACGAACUGGUGCAUCUCGGCGGCCUUUGCCAGAUGACGAAACCGCCCAAACAGAUCCAUGCCAGGACUCUGCGUGACGCUGCGUCGAUCGUGCCAGCCCCUAGCAGCGUGCCACACAGAAAAGCAAGGGCUGCUCGGUGCGGAAGGGACUGGAUUGCGUGUCUUUGGCAGGAGCAGGGGAGGCUGAGCGACGAUCAAAUCUAGGGUACAAUCACAGAUCCUAGCUCUGUUGGUCGGGGUAGCUCUGUUACUGUCCAGAAUGUAAAACGUGUGGACGUUUCUCCGCAACUCGUUCUCUCUUCCUUGUUACUACUGGAUUUCCGAGUCGGAUGCAGAAUGUGAAUGUGCUACUGUUUCAUUCAGGAGGGAAAAAUACUGUCCACACCCAUUAUGUCUUUAAAAAAAAAAAAAUCAUUCAUGUUGCCUUUCAGCGUAGGGAAAACGAAUUUCUUCUGAAGCUGUUGAUAGCGUAGACCAGAAAGACGUGAUUCUUGCUAGGAGGAGAAACUUGGCAAGUGGUGAUAUUAAGCAGAUGAGGGGGCAAAAAGUGCUUUUCGGUUCAUCAUCUAGGGCAAGAAUCAUGCCAUGUUAUUUCGAAUUUAAUUUACUUAGCAGUGGAGUGAGGUCAUUUGAUGUUUCCCCCAGAUUUUAGUCCGUUGCCUGCUUGUGCGAGCAGAGUUUAACUGGGGCAUUAUCAGUUUAGCCGAUCGUUUUAAUCGCGACCUCCGAGAAACGUUAGGUAUCUUCUUUUAUUUUUUGGCUUUCCCAGUAGGAGGCAGGAUAGAAAUGGGGAGAGUAAACAUUAAAAUCCUUCUUAAAACAUCUGCGGCUCAGAGUAGCGAGCCAUCGUCAUGGAUUGCUAGGACAUUGACUGUCGGUCUGGUAGGGAGCGUAUGGACCCUAGUUUAAUGAAACUGCUGAAUGGCAAACUGUUGCUUUGACCAAGCCACUUUUUGUAAGAGCCGUACUACUUUUUUACACGUACCGCACAAUAAACCACGGCGACAUUCUUGGUGUCCGAACAGCGAUAGGCACACCUCGCGGUGUUUUAUAGCACUAGGCCAAGGACUUUUAACCACCUUGAUCCCCAACCUGAAGUGGGUGCUGAGGCAUGGCGGGGGGAGGAAAUCGGAACCAAUAGCUGGUUUGGUAAAUACCUACUUAUUGACGAGAGAGAGACGUGCGUGUCCCUGUAAAGUGCCGCGCACACUCGUGGCACCAGGUAAAAAGCAGUGAAAGGUUGUUCCCGUCCGCAGUUGAUCAAAGCUUCAGUUACGUCCUGACUUUUGUAAAUCCACUGAAUAGUCCUAGUUUCAUACGUUUCCAGAAAAAAGUUUCUCCCUUUUUUUGGAUGGAGCAUGUCUAUUUAUCCGAUCUUUCUCCAAACCUCCUAACCCCCCCCCCCCACCUCAAACUAAGAAAGUGCUUUUGUUUGAAAACGUUAGUAUCCCAAAAUAGCCUUACUGGUCAAAUUGACCAAAGAUUAAAGUGUUAAUUAUUUUGUAAAAGCAUCUUGGUAUAAUUUUAAUCCCAAAAAAUAAGCUCAGUUAUUUAUUCAUUUUAUACUAUGUAGAAACUAAAACGCGGUGAGGGGAUAGGCAAGGGAAUUCAUGGUGGGUCGUGCUGUUUACAGUCUUUUUGAAGUCCCAUAGCUAAGACAGCUAUUGUUGUCCAUCUUCCCUUUUGCUGUUAUGGUUUCUAAUGUGUACUGUAUGUAUUAAUAUUGCACAAAUUGUGGAGAAAUAUACGGUUUAUUUUUCACAGCAGAAUCUCACAAAACCUUGCUUCCUUUACAAGUGUUACAAUUUAAAUAUUUACCAAACUGUUUUCAUAAUUCUGGGAGCAGGCUGCUUUUUAUGAAUUUGUGCUGACUAUUGACAUUAUUUACUGUAUAAAUAAUUUAUCAUUUGUACUAUUGUAUCAUAAUGUUCUGUAUCUCUGUGUCAUUUUUUUCCCUAGCGAUGUCACAAACGUGAUAUUUAAUAAUGCCAUCAGAACAGUGGAAAGACAAGGGGUUUGUAGGUGACUGGUCAGAAUUAAAAAUUGUAUUGCUUAUA